AUGAGGCAUGCAUCAGAUGGUGCUCAUGCUGAAGUCCUCGGUCGGAGCAGGCUGGGAGGAAGAGGGAUUGUUCUCUUUAUAAGCAUUUCCUAUAUGGUUCCCGCAUUUGUAACAAAGAAGCUUGGUUCUUCGCUGGAACAAACCCCAGGAAUGCAUGGAAGUGAAGUAAGGUGCACAUCGAAGUUCUUCAAUUUGAGUGAAUCUGGUUUCAUCGAUGCUAAAGAAUGA